AUGGAUAGCAAAUCUUCAAAUCUUUCCAGCCUUGGCUGUGAUUUUGUUGUGGCCACCACUCAAGCCAGUAUCAAUUCCGGCAUGUUGGAGUAUUUAGCAGAGGCAACUCAACCAAUCGAGUAUAUCUGUUUUUUAAGGGACAAAUCAGGCAUCCCCUCUGAGCAAAUAUCUCUAGAGAAGCUGAAGGAACUGACGGGCGGCAUCGACCCGUUCUAUAUUCCUGACGGGACUAGCUAUGAUGACCCACGUCUCAAGGCUCUCUCUAAGGCUGGAUUCAAAGUCGGAAUCAAGAUGCAAAUGGGAUUACCACCUGGCGUCACGCCUAGAGAUCUGACCAUUGUCAAUUUCGAAGACGGAAAUGCCAAAACCGCCCUUUUCAACCUGUACUGUUCGCAGCUCACCGUCAUUGACAACACUCCACCAGACUACUAUGGCGAUGGGGGCUAUUGGGGCGUCUGGAGUCAGCCCUCUGGCCAACCGUGGACUGCCCAAAUACGGGUUGAUCUCCUUGCUAAAGAUCUCGAUGAUGAGCUUAACACUCCUUACCUCAAUAACCAUCCAAAGGUCAAGCAACAGAUUAAGAAAAAUCUUCAGAAUCUCUCCGGGACUGCUUUUAGCCUCCAGCAGCUCAUGUACAACUUGGACAGCGCCUCACUGCAGACUCUUCCAACGUUCCCUACGUUAGAUCCGAAAUCCGAUGCCGCGUAUGUACUGGGGGAGUACUUCGUUAAUAGGUACCAGACUUCUGCCAAGGAACACGGCUUGCCGCUCCUUUCAGUUUCGGCCGUCGCACAGCCCAGGGAUGAGUCCGAGCUGCAGAUUACCGCAAUGGAGAGAUUUAUCAUGCUACUCAAGGACGGCAAUGGUAUGCCGAUAGAGCACGGGGAUAAAGCUCAACAGUCAGCAACUACGUUGAACUACCUCUGCGCAGUCAACAAUCACCAGCUCCCUUAUAUUACCAACCUCAACUGGAAUUGGGUCCGGCCUGAUGAAGUCAAUGAACGGAGCGGCAUGAUGGCCAUCAAUCGCAAUGUACUGCUUCAGUCCAUCUCCGACAAAGUGAAAGAGGCAGCUCCAGCGUCGUGUUAUAAAAUACAAUUCGCACUUGGAGAUGAUAAUAUUACCAUGUCCCCUGGGGGGACCCCAACUAUCACAAUUGCCUCAUCUGGCAGUAAUGUCAUACAUGUGGAAUACAGCGACAAUUGUGAUGACAUCAGCGUAGAUACAGGUGAAUGGUUCUGCAAUAUGCGACUUCAGACCAAAUAUACCUGCGAUAUCACGUUUUCCGGGCAGAGCAUUAAUGUCAAUCAGGAAAUUGAGAAGAAUCUCGACUGUAUAUCUGCGUUUGUGAUGGACCCAGAUGGAAAUGCACCCGGGCCGGAGAUUAUCGUAGAACCUGAUAAAUACGAGUGGAGGUAUAUUGACACAAGCGCCUCCUCUCAGGCUUACGAUCUCUCGGUCAAUCAAAAUGGAGCCCUGCAGCUGACCAAGGGUGCCAACUCGGCAUCUUCAACAUCAAAGUUUUCUGAUAAUUAUAUUAACCCAGAUUUUGAUACUGCGAGCGUUACACCUUUCGUUCAGGAAUGGUUAAAGAGAGUUCCGGAGUGGAAGUCUGUCGAGAUCCAUGGGCUGGAAAUCAGUCAGCUUCACACCUUCAUCUUCCCUGGUGGAAAAACGUUCACAUACAAAAAUCCUUUCUUCUCCGAUAACCAAGACCUCGUAUGUGAGAUAACAUACGUUGAGAAUAACGAGGUUAGCCCCAGCCCCAAGCCCCAAGCUGAUCAGUCAGCCGUUGAAUAUACAAACCCCGGCCCCCAACCUCCUCCUACGACUACUGUCGGGAAAUUGACAGCGUCUACAGAAUUAAUGCAAAAUUAUAUUCGUGGAGAGAUUGCCUUGCCCACGGGUAAAUUCGAGGCGCUUCAGAGCAGCGUUGGUCAUAGUCUCCUCUUUGCCGUUGAUUCCUCUGGCAUCUUCCAUGCUAUUGAGGAACAGCAUGGAACUUCCCACACUGGAUGGCAAGUUCACGACUUAUCCAGUGCCGUUAUUCAAUCCCAAUUCCCUACCCAAACAUCAAAGGCAGUGGUGCGUACAUUUGAUGUCAGUCAAAGCGUCUCAAGCAACGGCAUUAAUCUUAUGAUGGCCGUCAGCCUGGAUGACGGAAACGAACAGGUAUUUGUUUCGUUGGACAAUUCCACCAGCGACACAUCAUGGGUGGCAAGCCCGACUUGGCACAUGGUGCCCUUCGAUGCAGUCGGCGAACAAUCUUCCCAGGGUAUUACCGUUGCCAACGUGUUUUUUGCAGAGACUCAAGACGGGAAGCAAUAUUUAAUUACGGAUAUUGAUCGGGGAACUAAAGCUAACCCACACGUCACCCGCUACCAUAUUGAUCCAACUUUAGCAGAGGGUCGUUUCUGGGUUAAGCAUGAUGUCUCAGUCGAUAUUGCAGCCGGUAAAUAUCAGAGUGCUGUAGGUCGGGUGAGUGGGAAACCUAUAGAUGGUAUCUAUACUGCUGGCUCUACCGGAGAUUUGGGUCAGCUUGUUUAUGAGCCCAUUUUCAAUUAUUACGGCAGUGGCCCGGUGGCGCCACACAGAUUGAACAUGCCCGGAAACGCAAUUCCCUCAGCUAUUGCCAUCAUUCGCGAUAUCGAUGAUGGCUCCUCUGAUCUUUAUGUUGUUAGCGGUUCAACUUUACAUGUAUUUCCUUCUGAUUCCCAAGAAGAUGGCGCUGGGCCGAUUUCUUUAUUCACAAACAAGCUCCUGUCCGGGACGGAUACACUAAAAGCUAUGACGCACAAUGGUGUAGUUACACUUUGGGGGAGAAACGAAAAUUAUCAAGUAUACUAUCUCACCUGUCCAGUUGGCCGUGUAUACGAGCCUUCUUCUUGGGUUGAACCCGUAUGCAUCCUCUCAGAUGCGGAGCGAAUCUCAUGCUAUAUGAAUUGUUGCGACGGUGGAAAUACAGUUUUCGUCUCAGGUAAAGGACAGUUUCAAAAGCUUGUCCAAACCUCAGCUAAUACUGGGAAAAUGUGGCGCUCUCAACCCAUCGCGAUCGCAACCCAGGUCAAGGAAAAAGUGACUGAUUUCAAAUCGUACACCACAUCGAUUAAUGUCACACAUGAAGAUACAGAUAUCGCAAUACCGAAUGCAGUUGUCAAUAUAUCUACCCAUACUCGCACUCCAGUAUACAUUAAUGGACUUUAUUAUAUCAUCUCACCCGAUGCGAUUCAAGUCACCGCCGAUUCGACGGGUUCAAUUACCAUUAUUGAGCAAAUCGAUAGCAUGAACGGGGCUAUUUUAACGGCUUCUAUUGACAACAUGAAGAUUACCAUAAAUCCCAUGAAUCAGGGGUUUUAUAAACUCUCGUCAAUGAACUCAGUUGAUGAAUUGCGCAGUGCACAAUUACCAAGGGAGACGGUCGCGGGCGGUGUGAUGGAUGAGACGGUCUAUGUGCCUCUCAUGGAACCCUCAAUGAGCCAAGACGACUUGAAGUCUAUGGUAGAAAGCCUUGGUGUCCUUAGAGGAAGAUAUGCCACAUUUCAGAGCAUGGUAGCGAAAUUCAACAUCCUUGGGGAUCUUUUUAAUGGAGUUAAGACUUUCUUUGGAGAUGUCGACGAUAUUUUAGAGUCCUUUGGACACGCAAUUGCCGUCGGGGUCGGGGAUCUCUUCCAGAUGGCGAAGCAUGGAUUGGAUGCCAUGGGCCAGCUUUUUUACGACAUGGGCUCCAAGGCAGUGCAUUUUUUUGUAAAGGUAGGGGAGAAAAUAUACCAUGCUGCUCUCGACGGCUUCCACGCAUUAGCGAAAGGUGUGGAAUGGCUAUAUAAUGCGGCCAAGACAGCAUGGAAGACACUGGUUAAAUUCGUCGAAGCCUUGUUUGAAUGGGGCGACAUUACCCGCACAAAGGACGUAAUGGUCAAUAUGGCCAAACUAUGGCUGCAAGAUCAGGUGGACCUUAUCCCUCUAGCACGGGACACGUUGGAUAAGGGCAUUACACAGGCUGAGAAAACUUUGAACGAUUUCGCCGGCGUUAGCGGCUGGUCACCGUCGCUCGCGAAUACGACAAAGAAACCCGCAUCGAGUAGUAUCUCCGGCAGUUGGUCUAAGAGCUUAACUCCCAGCUCAAGGUUGCUGAUGGAUAUGUUUAGAGAUCACGGCGGUCAAUUGAGCAUCAUAGGGAACACGCCAACGAUAAAUCCCGCGGAGGAUCUCCUUAAUGAUCUCCUAGCUGCUGUCACAAAUGAAGCACAUGUGCUCGGGGCAGUGUUUAACCAGCUCCAGGAUUUAAUCCAACAAUUCGCUUCACUGACGAUUGAGGAUAUCCUUAAAAAGAUACUAGCAAUCGUAGCUGAUGGCGUUCUAUCAUCUGUGCAGGUAGUGCUGGAUGCUCUUUUGAACGUGUUGUACACACUCGCUCAGUCAGCUAUUAAGAUUAUGGAAGCCAAAAUUCACAUACCAGUUCUCUCGGAUCUUCUCAACCUCGCCGGCUUUAAGGAUAUUUCUUUCCUAGACGUCUUUGCCUGGAUCGGCGCGUUCGCCGUGACUGUUGGCUACAAGACCAUCGAAGGCCAUGCCCCUUUCCCCAAAGAUGACCGUUCCGUGAAAUCAAUCACGGCUGCUAGAAGCUGGGAUGAAUUAUGCGGGAUCCAACACCAGGGCCCGAUACCCAUGUCGGUAUCUUUACAGAAAGCUACUUUCGAAUGCUGCCACAUGAUUUCGGGUAUUCUCCGUUUAGUAGGAAACCCUCAGCUUGCAUUAGAGGCGUACGAUGACACUGGCAGCAGUCUUAUUGGUAUUCCUGCAACAGUUGUAGGCAUUAUGGAUGCCGCAUUCAACUUUGUAGGCAAUUCUCUGGUACCGAUGGAUGCUGUCGAAAGUUUGCCCAUUAGAAUUCUUUCUGCGAUAACAGGGCUCUUGGUUGUUCACUCUAAAGUUACCUUCUCAGGUGUAGGUCAGUGGGCAUUUAAGAAGUGCAAUUUCGGCCCUAUGAUCUUUGAAGAUGCCCGUGGAAUUGGAGCCAUGCUGGACGGUGUUCUCGUUAUUCCUGCCAUGGUGGUGACCCUAUGGCAUUUUUAUGAACUAGCACAGAAGCCAAGCGGUGCUACACGAAGUGUUGCCAUUGUAGAGGAAGUGUCUAGCAUCGCGUCAUACGUGUCACGUUUGGCUUAUGCUUUUGCUGUUAACGAUGAAGAACCAGACUCUCGUGGAAUCGCACUUGUUGUCAUGGCUGCUGCAAAUGACAUUUAUGGAGGGCUACAAGUCACAGAAUAUGUUAUUGAUAACCCAGCUUUUAACUAA